UUGGACUUACCACACAUCGCAUCCUUCUCUCUACACUUCUCUCUCUCUCUCUUUCUCUACUCUGUCAAAGUGCUAUCUAUCUUCCAUACAGACGACAAUAGCUCAAACUUUGCUCGAAACUUAAAAAAAAAAAAAAAGUUGGACGAUAUUGAUUUUUUUUUCCUUUUUUUUUUUUCCAUUUCCAUCAUAUUUUACCUUGUCUUCACCGCGCUCCAUCCAAGCUGUCAGGACGCACUUUGCUCCUCAUUUUGACUAAAAAGGCGUCAAAACAGAAGCCGGAGCACGUGACACGUCUUGCCAGAGUGCCCUUUAAUUUAUUAUUAUCUUUAAAUUUAUUUAUUUAUCUACCUGCUGUUUGGGUUUCCGUUCUGUUGGAUUCGAACCAAUAUGAAAUUGCUGCUCGACUCCUCGUCGUCUCUCCUCCUUUCGCUGGUAUUGGCCCAGCUGCCUGUCUUCACGUCUGCCUCCCCGGUGCCUCAUCGGCGGCCCAGCGACAUGGACAAGCUGUCCAACCAGACCAAAAAUCUCAUGAAGCUCACGCAAGAAUUGCUGAGGGAGCAUGCUUUCGACUCUGACGUGGAGCCCCACAGGUUCAGGUCCCUGCCAGAAAUGAGCAACAGAUCUGCCAAUGAUCUCAACAACCUUGAGCUGAAGCCCACACUUUCUCAACUCCAUGCAGACCUGAAGCUGUACGAGCACCACUUUGAGUGGCUGAACAGGGUGUCCAAGAAGCACCACCACCCCGCCUUGCCCAAGCUGGCGGAGGUGAUCAAGGAAAUGAAGUCGCUCAUCAAUCUUCUGUACCGUCAGAUGCAGAGGGUUGAUGCACCGAAGCUGACCCCCGCCACACCCUCCCUCCCCCCGCACCUCCCUUACCAGUUUGAUGUUCUGCAGUCCAGCCAGGAGCUCCUCCACCACUUCAAGCUUUUCUGCGAUUGGGCAUACAGAGCAUUUAUCAGCCUCAAGCCAAAAGUCUCCACAGUUCAAUGAGAAUUUAUCAAAGUGAGAAUGCAAGUGAGAGUCCCACCUCGGGCAACAAUGGGGAAUGGGGACCUUGUCAGUCUGCACUGUUGUCAAAGGCAUCCAAAGAGGCCGCAAUAUCAACUCAUGGCAUGUGCAGAGAUUCAUGUCUUUCCACCAGAGCCAAAGAGGAUGCGCUAUAAUGCAACUACAAUAACCAUCUGCCAGUGUAACUAUGGUGAUCAUUAUUUCUUGAACUGUUACCGAGUUCAUGACCAUGUUAUUUAUGUAUUUAUUUAUUUAUUGACUGUUAGUAAUUUAUUUAAUGUUAUUUAUUUGAAGUCGUCACGUGUCACUUCGCAUCUGCGUUUCUUUAUUAACGUGAAUUUAUUUGACCACAUACUUACUGAUUUCAUGUGUCUCACUGAUCUUCAAGGUAGCACUUCCUGAUCAUUUUCUUUCAACUAAUUACUUGGUAUUUGUGUAUUUUUACUCAUUUGACUUUAUUCCAGUAGAUGUGGCAUAUAUCUGAACUAGUCAAGGUUUUUCACACAACAGUGUGAAAACAGUUUAAAUAAAUAAAUAAAUAAAUAAAUCUGACAUGCCAGUUAACUCAUGUCAAGUAAUCUGUAAAAGUCAGAAUGGAGGUCGAAGACAAGAGAAUGCUUUUUAGUACCAGAGUCAGAUUAUCUAUUUUUGUAAUGCCUGUUUCUCACGCUUUGCAUGAGGAGACAUCUCUAUUGUGGUAAAGUUGUUUGAGUGGGCCCUGUUGUUGAGCACUGAUGGACCUGAUUAGAUUCUUUGCACAAAUUUAUAGGAUUAGCCUCUUGGAAGAGUGAGAUGGCUGAUUUUAAAACCAUGCUUUGGGAUUUAAAAAAUAAAUAAAUAAAUAAAUAAAUAAAAAAGAUUUUUUUCAAGUUAAACACUAAAAGUCUUAAAAUACUAUGUAUUGUGACACUCUAUUACGUAAAGGUGUACAUAAUUGUACAUGAAUGUAAAUUGUUGUACAGUGCUUUGUGUAUGAUGUUUUCUAAAAUAUAAUUUAGAUUACCAAUUUUCUCACUAUCAUUUUUGUUCAUUCCUCUUCUAGUAUUUGUUACAGUAUUGGCUAUUUAUUUAAAUAACUUGGUGGAACUAUUUAUUUUGUGCUGCAAGGGAGCAAGUCUCCUCUCUCUCUUUUUAAAAAAAUACUUUUAUACAGUUUGUAUUCUAAUACACUACAAUUAUAAUAUGUUAAAUUAUUGUAACACCGAGAUGCCUCUUCCAGACACUGAUUGGCCUCAAUGUGAAAUACGUGCCUUGGUGAAAUAAAAACUACAGAAUGUGCAAAA